AUGGAUACCAUUAACACCGCGACUGAACGGCAAACUGCCGGGGUCCUCGUUGCUCACAACACUGUCGACGACGUGGACACUGGCAAGGCCUCUGCUGAUCCAUCCGCUUCCCCAUCAAAGCAACCGGAUGCGGACCAUAAGAGCUCCGACCGUUCUACUACUUCCCAGAAGAAACCCGUCACGAAGAAGCCUAAGAAGCUGGCAAAAACAAAAACGAAGAAGCCCAAGAAGCCCACCUUGGCUGAUGACACCUCUGAGUCAGCCACUGAUGACGUGGACUCUGACACUGAUUCCUUUUCCUCGUCCGAUUCGGACAGUGACGCCCUCGAUGUCUCUUCAGCUGAUGAUUCAAAGCGCAAGUCAAAGUCUAAGAAGGACUCCGUGAUGAAGAAAUCCAAAAAAGCUCCUUCUGGCUCACGCGCUAAGAAGACUAAAAAGUCCAAGAAACGCGCUGCUGUCAAAUCAGACUCGAGUGAUUCAAGCGACUCAUCCGAUACCGAGUCUAUUUCGUCAGACGACGAAGAUGGUUUGACCAAAGUCUCCAUGACGCCUCAGCAGAUCCAGCUUUUCCAACAGUGGCAGCGCAGCAACGAUGCACUAUCAUACGGAAACAACACCGCUUUGGCUGUUGGACAGCAAUUCAUGCCUCCCCCGACCAGACGCGCUGCCCCUAGAUUGGGUCUCCUCGACGGCGGAAACAUGCUCGAUGCCAACCCUCUGCUUGGGAAAAGAAUGGUGCCGCCUUCUCAAAAGAAGAAAACCAAGCUAGACUACAAGAGAGUCGAUCAGGUGUGGGACAGCACUAUUCACAACUUCAAGCUUCAAGACACAGCCGAGACCACUUCAGAUUCUCAAUAUGACGGCUAUGUCCUGCAGAUCAGACGUACUUUUGACUGGGAAGGCAAAUAUAAGACCACUAUCGUUGACAUUAAGAGCAAGAUUCUUCGUGAGUGCUUGCAAGAUGUUAUCGGUAAUAUCAAGGGUGUCAGUUUGGUCGAUGAAGCGCCCAAGUUGGAUCCCAACUUGCUUUUCCUUUAUCUGGAAGAUCUCCGCCAUUAUUGUAAAAAACUAAAGAAGACAGAGCCAACCAGCUCUGACAAGAAGGAGCGCAAGAAGCAGCAGAAGCAUAUUGACAACAAGCGGUUGCAUCUCAAAGUGCUUCUUAAGUACCUCGACAAGGAUUAUGCACACAUCAAGAAGAGUCUGUAUCCCAUGCUAGAAAACGGCCUCAUUACGUUUGACCUUCUCUGGGCACUUUGGAAGCCAAACACACUCGUCUACACAACCACCUACGGAACUCACGAUGAAGCUCGGGUUUUCAAAGUCGAACAGGCCGAGCGCCAUAACAAUAUGCUAAAAGGCGAGUUCUAUUGGGUCGAUGGAAAGUAUUUCGAAUUCGACGGCAAACAAUUUGGCUACGGCUCUUUUGCGGAAGAAGUCCCAGAGUUCCGAGGAGCGCGAAAGAUCACCAGUCUCAAUGCUUAUCCUUUGGACUACCACAAGAAUAAAGAAUCUGUCAUGGCCGCUGUGAUUGAACGAGGCAAGAAGUUUGUACAACUUGGCGGCGUUCACUACCAGAGCCACGAAGGCCUUGCCUACUACAAAAAGAAAAAGAGCAUCAUCAAGGUCAACAUCAAUGGUCGAAUUAUGGUUGAUCCAGCCGUCCACCGCCGCAUCAACCCCAACUACCAGGUGUCUGCAGUGCGGCCGAAGGAUCAUGACGUCAUGUCAGAAGAUGAGGAAACGGAGGACGAGAAGUCUCAACACGACUCCGAAGAAGGUUGUUGUGGUAGCGAUGAUGGUGGCGAUGAAAAGAUGGUGAAGAAAGUUGUCCGCGAUCCCAAGGGUAGGAUCACUAUCAUCCAAGUCCCCAAGUCAGAAAUUGAAGAGCCCACCGCCGCCGAGCAGCCCUUAGGACGUCUUGAAGACGAGACCAGGAAAGAGACAGCUGAAGUUGAAGAUAGCUCGGAAAAUAUCCCAAAGGAUGCUGAAGAGGAAGAGGAAGCGCUGGUAUUUUCCGAUGAAGAAUAUCUCAUUGCAUCUCCAGUCGUUCUUGGCUUCUCAUUUUCAGAAAAGCUGUGGCUAGAAUUCACAGUGUCUGGUGUCAAAGAGAUCCAGUGGAAUGAGACUGCAUAUGAAUCCUUGGUGCUCGAACCCAAGCAAAAGGACAUUGUCAAGUCGGAAAAGGCCCCUAUGCUAACGUUGUUUAAGGCUCUAGUUGAAUCCCACAAGUACCACGCCACCGAGAGUAUCGACGAUGUCAUCCAGGGCAAAGGCAAAGGGCUCGUUGCGGUCCUCCAUGGCCCACCUGGUACCGGCAAGACCCUCACAGCGGAGGGGAUCAGUGAGCUUCUCAAGUGCCCGCUUUACAUGGCUUCCGCCGGAGAGCUUGGCACCGAUUCCCGCUACUUGGAACAGGAGCUUCAGAAGAUUCUCGACAUCUGCCAUGCCUGGGGAGCUAUUCUUCUUCUUGAUGAGGCCGAUGUCUUCAUGGAGAAAAGAAAUCUACACGAAAUCAACAGAAACGCUCUUGUCAGCAUAUUUCUACGUCAGCUUGAGUACUUUCAAGGCAUUCUGUUUUUGACCACAAAUCGCGUUGAGACGUUUGAUGAUGCCUUCCAGUCCAGAAUCCACAUUGCUCUGAGAUAUGACAGCCUUACUAUGAAAGCCAAGAAGACCAUCUUCAAGAUUUUCAUGGAGAGAGUUCGCGUCCUCGAAAAGAUUGAUCUGAUGCCUUUCUCCGAGGAAGACUACAACGACCUCGCGAAAUAUGAUCUUAAUGGUCGGCAGAUCAAGAACACUAUUCGUACGGCUCAAGCGCUGGCUGUCAACAAGGGUGAGGCACUUAGCAUGGAGCAUAUCCGGCAGGUCCUUGACGUUCAGAAGAGCUUCGACAUCCAUCUGAAGGGCGGCACUGGCUAUCAGGAUGCUCUGCGCAGCUACUACUAG